CCGGGAAGCUGCCUUUGCAGGGCGACUGGAAGGGCGGAAAAAGCAUCAGCGCGGCGCCUGCUAAGCGCAAGGCAAAGGCGGCGACGCCAGGCCGAGUUGUGGGGUCUGACGUAGGGCUUUGCGGGGUGCGGCUUUGCGGGAGCAAGAAAGCGGCUCAGGGAUGGCUAAUAGUAUUGCUGAACCCGUUUCCUGUGAUACUUUUGUGGCUCUGCCUCCAGCCACACUAGGUGGCCAAGUCAUUUUUGGAAAAAAUUCUGAUAGGCCUUCUGAUGAAGUCCAGGAGAUUGUGUUUUUUCCUGCUGCUGUUCAUGAUCUGGGACAAAAAGUUGAGUGUACUUAUAUAGAAAUCGAACAAGUACCAAAAACGUACGGAGUUGUCCUGAGCCGUCCAUCCUGGCUAUGGGGUGCUGAAAUGGGAGCCAAUGAAUGUGGAGUCUGCAUUGGGAAUGAAGCCAUAUGGGGAAAAGAAGAAGUCUGCAGUGAUGAAGCACUCCUUGGCAUGGACCUUGUCAGGCUUGGACUUGAAAGAGCAGAUACUGCAGAAAAAGCUGUUGAUGUUAUCGUUGAAUUGGUGGACAAAUAUAAUCAAGGUGGAAACUGUAUGGAGAGUCAAAUGACAUUUACCUACUAUAACAGCUUUUUGAUAGCGGACAGAAAAGAAGCUUGGAUUCUGGAAACAUCUGGAAAGCACUGGGCUGCAGAGAAAGUAAAAGAAGGAACACGGAAUAUUUCCAACCAGCUAUCCAUCACAACAAAAAUUGACCGUGAACAUCCAGAGCUAAGGAAUUAUGCUUUAAGCAAAGGCUGGUGGGAUGGUAAAGAAGUAUUUGAUUUUGCUGCCACAUACUCAUAUGUGAAUACUGCCAGAAUGACAACUGCAAGAGGCAGAUACUGUGAAGGCUAUAAACUGCUAAAGAAAUAUGCAGGUAACAUAACAGCUGAGACAAUGAUGACAAUUCUUCGAGAUAAAGAGAGCGGCCUGAACAUGGAAGGUGCCUUCAUGACCACGGGAAGCAUGGUUUCUAUACUUCCCCAAGAUCCUAGUCUCCCUUGUAUUCAUUUCUUCACUGGAACGCCAGAUCCUGAUAGGUCUGUUUUUAAACCUUUCAUUUUUGUGGAAAAUAUUACCCAGCUUCUAAAAACCAGCUCUCCAGUAUUUGGCCCUGAGGAUCCAGUUAAAAAGAAGCCACGAUUUCAUACAAAGCCAGAUAGGAGACAUGAGCUCUAUCAAAAACAUGAACAGGCAGUUGCCAUGAUGGAGUCCUCAAAGGAAAAGGCCAAACUGAUCAUGGAACAGAUCCACAAAUUGGAGAAAACAAAGAUUGAUGAGAUGGAACAUAUUCUCCAGAAUGGGUUCCUGAAUGUUGAUGAAGCAGUUAAUCUUUUUUCAGAUUGUGUUGAAAAAGAAAUAAGUAUAUAUGCCUGACAAAAUAUCUGCAGAUGUUUCCUUUUAUUAAUCCAAGUGUUAUUUUCCAAAACUGCUUUAUUCAUUGUACAAUGCUACUUCUGGCCAAAUAGCAUUUAUCAUGUGUAAGCUAGCUGGAAGAUAAAAUAUUGGCAUUAGCCUUAAUAAAACAUAAUUGUUAAUUUAAAAUGUGACAUGCAGCCAUCCAAAGUUUAAAAUAUCUACAAAAUUACUAGCUUCGUUUACUUUGCAUUUGUUUUCAGCCUGUAUUUGUUUGGUAUUGCAUACACUUAAUGGCCAAGUGUCAUACACAUUUAAUAAGCAGAGUUAAUAACAAUAAUUUAUAUGUUGCUCAACUCCCAGCAACUUCAACAUUUAAAAAUCUAGUUGGACAAGAAGCAAAAUAAAUAAAACAAACAAGUGAAAUAA